GACUGAGGGAGGGAGGCAGAGACUGAGGGAGGGAGGCAGAGAGAGAGAGAGAGAGAGAGACAGACAGACAACAGGCAGACAGACAGAGGGGCCAGUUUCAUGUUAGUUUCCUGGCCAGUUUCACUGGGACCCCGCGCUCUCUGACUAACCGCACCCUACUGCUGUGAGACGCCUCACACACUCACCACCCCUUCCCUUCAAUUUCUCUCCCAUUUACUCAAUGCUUUUUGAACAGCCGAGAGGGACGGACCAAGCCCUUUUAAACGGGAGAGAGUCGGAGGGUCUUUCCCUGAGCUGAGAAGAUGACUGAGUACAAACUUGUGGUGGUGGGGGCUGGAGGCGUGGGCAAGAGUGCUCUGACCAUCCAGCUUAUUCAGAACCACUUUGUCGAUGAAUAUGAUCCCACGAUAGAAGAUUCCUACAGAAAACAAGUUGUAAUAGAUGGAGAAACGUGUCUGUUAGAUAUCCUCGACACGGCGGGUCAAGAGGAGUACAGUGCAAUGAGAGAUCAGUACAUGAGGACGGGCGAGGGUUUCCUGUGUGUCUUCGCCAUUAAUAACUCCAAGUCAUUCGAAGAUAUUCAUCAUUAUAGAGAGCAGAUCAAAAGGGUGAAAGACUCUGAGGACGUGCCGAUGGUAUUAGUGGGAAACAAAUGCGAUCUGCCUUCACGGACCGUGGACACCAAGCAAGCGCAGGAUCUGGCACGCAGUUACGGGAUUCCCUUCAUCGAAACGUCGGCCAAAACGCGACUGAGAGUGGAGGAUGCUUUUUAUACACUGGUACGUGAGAUUCGCCAGUAUAGGUUGCGAAAACUCAACGUUGAGGAGAAGACUGCACGCUGUGUGCCCUUUAAAUGUAUUAUGAUGUGACGUGGGUGUCGAUGAUGCAUUCUACACACUCGUCCGCGAAAUUCGGAAACACAAAGAGAAAAUGAGUAAAGAUGGCAAAAAGAAGAAAAAGAAAUCCAAGAAAAAGUGUUUAAUGAUGUGAAUAGGGUUUAGUGUGGAAGAUGUUUGCUUAGCUGGGAAAAUAAAACCUGAUUAUCUUUUGUAUUUUUUGUACAUUGCACUAAAUUAUUAGGCUUUCUUUUUAUCAGUUCUUUUACCAGAUUUUGCGUAAUGGAAAUGAUGGCUGUUAGGUUGUGACAGAGCUGAAGAGAAAAAUGUUGUGUAUGCUUUAUUUCAUUCCUGUUCCAGUAUUCCCUGGGUGUCUACCAUUGCUUUACUCUUGUCACUGGGGGCUCCUGUGCAUGUAACUAUGCUUUUAUUUUUCUCAAUACGUUUACAGAGUCAUACAGUGUGAAAACAGGCCCUUCGGCCCAACUUUCCCAUACUGGCCAACAUGUCCCAUCUGCACUAGUCCCACCUGCCUGCGUUUGGCCCGUAUCCCUUCAAACCUGUCCUAUCCAUGUACCUGUUUCUUAAACAUUGGGAUAGUUCCUGCCUCAACUACCUCUUCUGGCAGCUUGUUCCAUACACCCACCACCCUUUGUGUGAAAACGUUACCCCUCGAUUCCGAUUAAAUCUUUUCCCCUUCACCUUGAACCUAUGUCCUCUGGUCCUCGAUUUCCCCAACUCUGGGCAAGAGACUCUCUGCGUCUACCCUGAUCUAUUCCUCUCAUGAUUUUGCACACCUCGAGAAAGAUCACCCCCUCAUCCUCCUGCGCUCCAAGGACUAGAAUCCCACCCUGCCCAACUUCUCCCUACAGCUCAGACUCUAGUCCUGGCAACAUUCUGGUAAAUCCUCUGUACCCUCUCCAGCUUUAUUUAUCAUGCUGAAAAUAUAUAUGAUACACUUUCACUUCAGUGCCAACAGCUUGAUGGAAUCUCUCUCCUGUGUUUGGUUUACCUGGAAUAUAUUUUAACUAGACACAAAAUGCUGGAGCAACUCAGCGGUUCAGGCAGCAUCUCUGGAGAGAAGGAAUAGGUGACGUUUUGGGUCGAGACCCUUCUUCAGACUGAUGUCAGGGGCAGGACAAAGAUAUAAUGUAGUCGGAGACAGUAAGACUAUUGGGAAAACUGGGAAGGGGAUGGAGAGAGAAAGUAAGGGCUACCUGAAGUUAGAGAAGUCAAUGUUCAUACCGCUGGGGUGUAAACCACCCAAGCAAAAUAUUAGGUGCCGUUCCUCCAAUUUGCGCUGGGCCUCAUCCUGGCAAUGGAGGAGGCCCAGGACAGAAAGGUCAGAUAGGGAAUGGGAGGGGGAGUUGAAGUGCUGAGCCACCGGGGAGAUCAGCUUGGUUAUUGCGGACUGAGUGGAGGUGUUCAGCGAAAUGAUCGCCGAUGUAGAGAAGUUGGCACCUGGAACAGUGGAUACAGUAGAUGAGAUUGGAGGAGCAUACCAUCGUCCAACAUUUUGCCACCUCCAACGGGAUCCCACUACUGGCCACAUCUUCCCAUCUCCACCCCUUUCUGCUUUCCGCAGAGACUGUUCCCUCCGAAACACCCUGGUCAACUCGUCCCUUUCCACCCAAACCACCCCCUCCCCAGGUACUUUCCCCUGCAACCGCAGGAGAUGCAACACCUGUCCCUUUACCUCCCCCCUUGACUCCAUCCAAGGACCUAAACAGUCUAUCCAGGUGAGGCAGAGGUUCCACUGACAUCAGUCUGAAGUAGGGUCACCCAUUCCUUCUCUCCAGAGAUGCUCCCCGACCCGCUGAGUUACUCCAGCAUUUUUUGUCUACCUUCGAUUUAAACCAGCAUCUGCAGUUCUUUCCUACAUAUAUUUUAACUACAUUUUUAUAAGGUGCAGAUUUUAUAUGUUAAUCUUUGUUUGUCGACAAUACCUCUCUGAAUCCUGAAGUGCUGAUUUGGGCAUGUGAAUUAAUGCUCCAUUGAACUGACACUUGGACAGUUUUAUACAAGUUUUUAGAAGUUUGUCUGGUAUAUGUCAUAAUGGCUUUGAUGACAAAAAUUGUACUUUUAAGUCGCGUAAUAAAACGAUUCAAUCUUGUUCUGACCUUUUAAAGA